AUCGUCGGAUCUGCACUUGCACCGGUGUGUCCGUACUGAUUGCUGCAGACAUUUUAGUCGGGAGGAUCGCACGUGAAUAUUCCUUUAAAGCUAUUUAGAGGAUUCAUAAUCCGAAUUUUUCCUAUUCUGCUCAUAAUAAUCAUUCGAUUCAAACAUGCCGGAAGGAGGGAAAUCCACCGAACAGCUGACACUGCGCAGCGAACUGCGCGGACACGACAACUGGGUGACACAGAUCGCCACCAACAACCAGUAUCCCGACAUGAUCCUGUCGUCCUCGCGCGAUAAGACUCUGAUUAUGUGGAAGUUGAAUCGGGAGAAUCGCGAGGGAGAAAACUUCGGAAUACCCCAAAAGUCCUUGCACGGACACGGAGGGUUCGUCAGCGAUGUCGUCCUGUCCUCCGAUGGUUUGUACGCUCUCUCCGGAUCCUGGGAUCAUACGCUUCGUCUGUGGGACCUUACCGCUGGCAAAACUUCACGCCGUUUUGUUGGUCAUAAUAAGGAUGUGCUGAGUGUGGCUUUCUCAGCCGACAAUCGCCAGAUUGUCAGUGGAUCUCGCGAUCGUAGCAUUAAGCUGUGGAACACGCUGGCACAGUGCAAGUACACCAUCACCGAAGACUGCCAUCAGGACUGGGUUAGCUGCGUACGCUUCAGCCCGUCCAGCCAGAAUCCGUUGAUUGUGUCGGCCGGUUGGGACAAGAUUGUUAAGGUUUGGAAUUUGACCAACUGCAAACUCAAGACCAAUCACAUUGGUCAUAGUGGAUUUUUGAACACCGUGACCGUCUCUCCUGACGGUUCUUUGUGCGCGUCUGGAGGAAAGGACGGUCAAGCGAUGUUGUGGGAUUUGAAUGAAGGCAAACAUCUGUACACGCUGGAAGCCGGCGACAUGAUCAAUUCGCUGGUGUUCAGUCCCAACCGUUACUGGCUGUGCGCCGCCGCUGGCUCCACAGUGAAAAUCUGGGAUUUGGAAGGAAAGACCGUGGUGGACACGCUGGUGCUGGAUAGUCCGGUUAGUGCCGGCGGCCGGAAACAGACCGCCCCGGCGCAGUGCUUAACACUGGCCUGGUCCGCCGAUGGCCAGACAUUGUUUGCUGGCUAUUCCGAUCAUAAGAUCCGUGUGUGGCAGGUGACGGAAGGGCGCUAAUUAAUGGAUACAACCGGGGGUUAAUUCUGUACGCCUCGCUUUUUGUGUAGCUUUUACAGAGAAAAUGUUUCGACCUGAAUAUCGUCGUAAUGUUAAAGAAAGAAUAAAAAGCCAGAUUGGAAAAAAA